UGAGUCAUUCAUUUUUAGUCAACUCAAAGUAUCUUGAGAGUGGUAUUGGAAACUUCCAAAAAAUUCCUUCAACAGCAAUGGAGCUGAGCUACGCCAUAAAUGAACUCUGCAAGGCCCAGGGCAAGUGUUCAUUUCGCCAAUAUUAUCAACUGAUGCGCGAGUACGAUGGUGAUGAGGAAGUCCCUUCCAUUCGUCUGUCGUCGUUGAAUUCCUUUGAAGUCGAGCAUGUACUGUCCCUCUCGCCUGCCAAGAACGAUCAGGGUUUGAAUUCUUUCCCUAUUGUUCCCGUGCCGGAUAUAUUGGUCAAAAGUCUCGCUAUGACUGACGGUGCUUUGAGGAAUGAAACAAGCGUAGAAGCGAAUAUGCGCUGGAGGAUGAAUUACUUCAUUCUAUUAGCGUUCAAUAUAGCAGUGGAAUCACGUUCUGAAGAUGGAAGACUGCUAGAGAUCACGCAUGAGCCUAGAUGGUCAUUCGGGCCCGUUAAAUACAAGGGCGAGGCCGUCAAAUUAUCAGGAUACCCAUCUUACGCCCUGUGGUACGGAGACGAAGACGAAGCCGCUUCGAAUGUUAUCGUGGCCCAAAAUCAGAGGUUCAGGGCGUCCGAAAAGGGAAUUCCAGAAGUACUAGGAUAUUUGGGUUUCAUUUAUCACCAUCGCAAAAAUGCAAACAAGGAAAAUUGUCCGUUGUAUGGGGUUGCAACAGACUCGCGAGUCUUUCACUUUGUUAGACUAGAUGAUGACUCCUCGUUUGUCACCUCAACACUCGAUUCUCAGGCGGAUCUAGAAAAAGCCUUCAGUUUAUUGGUUUAUGUAUUGAAGGAGGCCAUGAUUGUGCCAUCGACACAACCGCAAGAGCCAUCCACGCAAUCCGAUCGAGCUCAACAAUCUGCCGAGUCACUCAUCCCGGCUGGGUCUUCUCUUAGACGAAAGUUGGACAGGAGAAUACAUUAUCAGAGGCUGAAAGAGGCUGCAAAUGACUCGGAUGAGCCCCUUGAGUUCGACUCAAUCGAUGAUGAGUAUAUCUGGCAAGACUUUUCUGGAGGUGAGAGCUCUUCAGAUGAAUACUUCGAUGGUGAAUAAUGUUUGGAAAUUCGCCGCUGGAAUUGCUUCCAGAGAAAGCUUUACUCUUUGAUUAUUUGCUAAACUCGGUCAACGUACCUACUGUUGGGGAUGCGGGUAGUGGUCAGCUGAUCCGGAGCAGACUAGAUAACUCCCUUCUUUGCUUGCUAUCCUCUUCUUAUUCCUUCGCCCGUCUGUUUUGCUAGUAUCAGAAUUAAUCUACUGCUUUAUGAAGUGCUCC